AUGAAUUCCCUUUGGAUAACUACUUGGCUGCUCGCGGGUGUAUUUGUUUCAGCGUUGCCCACAGAGGACAGAAAGCUCGAGGACACGCAAAAUGACGUAUGUCGGCCUUGGCAGAAAGACACAGUCAUGUUGUUAUUAGGCAGCACCACGAAUUAUGCAAUGAAAGAAGAUGCUAUCCAGGUGUAUCUGCCUGCUGUUACAGUCUGCAUGAUUGCAGUUUCGUAUUCUAACGAUUCCGAAGUUGAAAAAUGUGUGUUCAGCUACGCUACCCAAGAAGAACCCGAUGAACUGCUUCUUUGCUUAAGUCCCGAUUUCCGAGUGCUCAUCCGGAGCGAGCCGAGGAAAUGUGAUAAAGGCAUUCCUGAGGAUGGGUUAUUUCACCAUAUCUGUUUCACAUGGAACAACGAAAACGGAGAUUAUAAAUUCUGGAUCGAUGGAGAAGUAGUCGGGGGUGGCUCUGGCUUUCAAAAUGGAACCUUGAUUGCUAGCGGAGGUACCGCAGUUGUUGGACAAGACCAAGAAGCAAUGGGAGGACCUUUCGAAAUAGGCAAGUCCUGGGUUGGUGCAGUGUCUGGAGUGAAUGUAUGGGGAACGGUUAAGUCGGACACUGACAUUAAAUCUAUGGCCCAGGAAUGUUACGUUACCGACGGAUCCAUCAUUUCUUGGCCUGAGCUGUAUAACAAAGGCAGUCUUCAUGGCAAAGUUUGCACUUUUCGUUAA